AUGCCUCCUACAGCGGUUAAGACUAAGAAAUGCGUGAGGGCUUGCCCAGUACUUACGGCGAGGUUUAGAUAUUUGCGGCAAUUGGAAGAGCAUAUUUCCAGGAAUGCGGGUUCCAUGCCGUACAUUGGCGCGGAACAAGCUAAUCCAUUGGCGGAAUCGCCGUUUGUUCGCGACGAGAAUGGUGAUCUCGUCUCCAUCCCUCGUCCCCCACACCUGCAGAUGGAAAAUCGGCGAGAGACCCCGUUACGAACAAUAACCGAUAGUAAGCACUGUCUCGAAGAGAAAGAAAAAGCAGAAUCUCCCCGUCGGGAUGAUUCCGAGAGCGAGCAAGAGCGUCAUCGCUCACGAUUUUCGCGCAAUCCUCUUGUCGAGAAAGACUGCUCAUUUGCCCAGACACCAGAUGGGCGACUUUGGUACAUGGGACCAACAUCAUCGUGGUCGUUCUGCCGGCGUGUUCUCGCUCUAAUCGGAAGACGUGUUCCAGAAUCAAACUGCCCGCCAGAUCCAUGGUGCGUAGAUGGCAUGGCAUUUAAACUCCAAUGGAAGCCCCUUCCUCCCGACGAGGUGCCAGAUGUCUCCAACCUGCCACCUUUGGACUAUUCACUGUUCUUGUUCAAUACAGUGAAGUUCUAUUUUGGAUUUUUAUCCUUUAUGAUUGACGAGUCAGUCUAUCUUCGCCACUUACAUGAGUUCUACAAAGAUCCAGGAGCAAAAGCCACAUCAGCACGGCCAUGGUACUCCCAAUUCCUGCUCGUCCUUGCUUUUGGAAAGGUCUUCCUUACACACAAAAAUCCGGGCGGGUCUCCCCCAGGGCACCAAUACGCUUCCAGAGCAAUGGCCUUACUACCUGAUCUGUCGGCCAUGCAUGAGGACGCGUUAACCUGCAUUCAGACGUUGAGCCUAGCAGCAGUAUACUUGCAAUCCAUCGACAUGAGGCGAGCAGCCUUUCAACAUAUUGGACAGGCUUUACGCUAUUGCAUUAUUGAAGGGAUACAUCGACACGUGCCAGAAGAAAUCUGCGGCCCUGAACUCUCCCAUCGCUGCCGGACUAUCUUUUGGGUAGUUUAUAUGUUAGACAGAGAGUUCUCUGCUCUGAUAGGGGCGCCUAGUUCUAUUCGAGACGAAGAUAUCACUGUGAAGCUGCCCGCAGAUGUGGAGCAGUCCGUGGAAAAUACUAACUUGACACUGCAUGUGCGAUUGUCCCAUUUGAUGGCACGGACUCUUACCACGGUCUAUGGGGUGGGCAAAGAAUUUGACGGAACUCUCAUCCGAAAUACGCAGUCUCUUCUCCAUGACUUGGCAGAAUUGUCCCAUGAUUUGACCGAGUUCUUAAAUACGCAUUUCCAUGGGCUAAUUAGCCGGGCCUCGAAAAUGGCAGUUCGACUCAUGCUAGCCCACCACCAUUGUAUUGUCCUCACAACUCGGCCACUGGUAAUGUGUGCUCUACACAUGCAUAUCGAAGGGACAGAGACACAAAAGUCUCCGCCGAUUUCGUUAUCAUCGCCAGUCGCGUCGCUUCUGCAAUGCUGUGCUGAUUCAGCCCAGACAAUCCUUCAGACCCUUCGAACGUUAGCUGACGAUGACUUAGUGGAUGCCUUUCUCCCAUUCCAGAUCGAGGACGCUUCAUCAUCAGCUUUUGUGCUAUAUCUGAUCCAUGCUAUUGCCCCGUCACUUAUUUCCAAUGAUGCGUGGUCCGAAAAUCUUGACUGUGUUUUGAAUAAACUUAUUGCGAAGGGUAAUCUUGCAGCACCCCUUCGCAGGUUGGAAUUGAGACAACUAGAGAUCAUACUGGCACCGCUAACGCCAAGAAACACAACUCUUCAACUUCCCAAACUCACUCCAUUGAACAAUACUGGAAGCAUUGAGGAUGUUGAGGAUGUGUAUGCUUUUGAUGAAGUUAACAUGGGCGAAGAAUUCGGGUGGGAUGUGCUUGCUCUCAAUUCUUCCGUUAGUUUGCCUCCACAGGAAUUGUUGGACUUGGCGGAUCAGUUGGAUAUGGACGGAAUCAUGUAA